UGAAAUUGGGACCCAAAACCUCCUGGGCGAGUUAGAUGGACAACGGUGGCUCACAGAAGCCAGAAAACAAGCUGUAAUGCAGAUCCCGGCCCCAACCACUGCUCGCCAGAAUGUUACUAUAGUGGCCCCACAUUCUCUUGAGAGCAUCGUCAGGCAACCACCGGACCGCUGGAUGACCAACGCCCGAAUGACGCUCUACCAGAGCCUAUUGCUGACAGAGCGAGUAAGUUUUGCACCCCCAGCCAUUCUCAACCCCGCCUCCUUACUACCUGAGGCUGACCAGGCCCCUGCACAUAAGUGUGAAGAAAUACUGGCAGAAGAGACUGGAAUCCGGCCAGACCUCACAGACCAACCUUGGCCAGGGGCGAUGACUUGGUUCACGGACGGAAGCAGCGUUGUGGUAGAAGACACCUUUUCAGGAUGGGUCGAAGCGUUCCCCACCAAAAAAGAAACGGCUAAUGUAGUGGUCAAGAAGAUACUUGAAGAAAUCCUUCCCCGUUUUGGGAUACCUAAGGUAAUGGGGUCAGACAACGGACCUGCCUUCGUCUCCCAGGUGCCGCAUCAGUUUGAAGUAGGAGACGCAGUCCUGGUGAGGAGACACCGAGCGGGAAACCUAGAACCGAGGUGGAAGGGACCCUACUUGGUGCUACUGACAAAGCCCACCAUGGUCAAAGUGGAAGGAAUCCCCACUUGGGUCCACGCAUCCCACGUCAAGAGAGCAUACCCUGGAGUCAGCCAUGAUGAGUGGACUUUGGAGAAGACUAAUAACCCUUUUAAGUUGCACCUGCUUCGUAAGAGCGAUCCCAAAGGACUUCAACCCCCACAGUCCUGUUCAACAAACGUGGGAGGUACUCAAUGAGGGGGGUAGGGCUGUAUGGACAAUCGCCGAGGAUGCUCAACGGGGGUGGUUUGAGUCGUGGUUUGAAUCACGACCAUCUUGGAUAACUUCUUUGAUUUCUGCUGUAGCCGGACCAAUCCUUAUGAUAUGCUUAGCUUUAGUUUUCGGCCCUUGUAUAAUAAAUAGAGGAAUGGCUUUCAUCCAGAGUAGAAUUGAUACAGUA